AUUGGCCCGAAUUGGCCUUAUCUAUAAAAUGAGAUGGCUCACGCAGUCAUCCAGAUUCCAGACGGACUUGUGCGCGCGUUAGAACUGGACGCAAAAUAUUGUAAUUACAUAGGUACCUACAAACAUCUUUCCUGUUGCACGAAAUGUUAAAGACGGAGCUGAUAUCGAAUUAUAUCAACUACAAAUCGCUGGCCAAAGAAGAGCAACUCCAAGACUUAUACGAAAAGUAUUCAAGCAAAGACAUUUUUGAUGCAUUCUCAUCAGAGUUCCUGCAACAUCUCACAGAUUUUCAACCUCUACUGAAAAAUCAAAAUGAUCCUUGGAAAAAGGUCGAUCCUUACUCUUUGGGUUAUAUUGAUGAGGCACCAUUGUCACCUGACUCAUUAAAUAAGAAGACAAGACGACCACCUGAUGGAUAUCUAUGUCAUCUUUGCUUUUGUAAAGGACAUUAUAUCAAAGAUUGUCCUCAGGCAAGGCCAAAAGGCGAAGGACUUACACCUUAUCAAGGGAAAAAACGAUGCUUUGGCGAAUACAAAUGCCCAAGUUGCAAGCGCAAGUGGAUGAGCGGCAAUAGUUGGGCUAACAUGGGACAGAUGUGUGUCAAAUGCCACAUCAACGUGUACCCUCAUAAGCAACGACCACUUGACAAACCGGAUGGCCUCGACGUAUCUGACCAGGCAAAGGAGCACCCCCAGCAUCUUUGUGAGAAAUGCAAAUCGUUGGGUUAUUAUUGUCGUCGUGCUCAAAGUUAAAAGUGUCACGGUGUCUCCCAUAUCUGGCUUCGCCAUUUCAUACUAUGAUUAUAAUAAAUUUUGAAAUCUAAUUUAAUAUAUAGUUCAGUAGGUACUUUAAUAUUUAGUUCAGUAGGUACUAGGCAAUUUCUUAUUGAGAGUUUAUGCGUUAAACUGGCUAUUUAAACUAUUUCAACUUUUUAACAUUUUUUUUGUACCAGUUUUAACACAUGCAUAAACUUUACAAUAAAACAUAGAAAUUGCAUGAUAAUUUUUAUUAUUUUAAUUCGACACGUUCAGAGCCUGUUUGAAAAUAGCAAUGUAGCUUCUCGUAAAAAAUCCUGCACAAAAACGCAUAGUUUGGUAAAUAGUUUUGCAAUUCACCCAAUCACAAUUUCCAUAUCAUAAAAAAAUCGAAUUUAUUGCUCAUGACAGGUUAUAUAUGAAGCAUUGCUGUCUUCCCCAGGCCCUCAACUUGCAUUUACUUUCUAAGUGACGAAAUCGUAAUGGAAGAAACUGAAGGAGAUAUAUUUUUAUGAGUCAAUUUGUAGAUUUACGUUUUUAGAAGAUAAAUUUUUGAGAAUGCAUCACGUAAAAGUCAUAGUUCAUCUAGGAAUUUGGUAUAAUUUAAAGAUUGUAAAUUUUUUAUAGUGAUUGAAAUAGUUCUGUGUUUGUCAAUUUGAGGGAAUACUAUCGCCAUAUGAGAGCGAAUUUUUUGACAAGUGAAUAGUUUUAAAACUUACUAGUUUAAAUUUUUUGAAUCUUCAAACUGAAAUAAAUAUUUUACAUGCACUAUGCGAAGAAGGUUUUGAACAAGGAUAUAAUGAAUAUUUUUAUACAUUGGAAAACUUAAAUUUAAAAGAAAUAAAAUAAUUUUUUUAGCAAAA